CGUCGCCGCCACAGCAGCAGCAGCAGCUCCCAGCGGACGGAGAUGGGCGGCCGGGGCCUUUCCGCCCCUCGACGCCGCCGCUUGUCUCCUGCCUGCCGCUGCUGAGCCGCCGCCGCUCCUCUUAGCUCGCCCGCCACUUCUUGCCGCCCGCCCGCCCGCCCCGAUGGAGCCGCCCGUCACGCUCAUCAUCAAGGCGCCCAACCAGAAAUACACCGACCAGACCGUCAGCUGCUGCCUGGACUGGACCGUGGGCAGGCUCAAGGGCCACCUCGCCCAGGUGUACCCCAGCAAGCCGUCAACAAAGGAUCAGAGGCUGGUAUAUUCUGGCAGACUGCUUCCUGAUCACCUGCAGCUGAAAGAUGUACUUAGAAAACAAGAUGAGUAUCAUAUGGUUCAUCUAGUAUGUUCUUCACGGACACCCCCAAGUUCUCCAAAGCCUGACACCAAUAGGGAAGACUCUGGAUCAUCAGCAUCUCGUAACAUCUCGAGUUCUGAACGUUCAGGAUCAACAACUCCUUCACCAACUCAAGAAAGUUUGCCGUCAGCUAACAGCAGUAGCUCUGAUGGUGUGAGACAUCGUAGCCUUCCUCAAGGCCAAAGCAAUCCAACGCAGAGCCAUCCAUUCCCGUAUAUCAUGCAAGGCAAUGUUGGCAACCAGUUCCCUGGGCAAGGAGUGCCAGCUGGCUUCCCUGUAUAUCCUGCUUUCAGCCCUCUCCAGAUGAUAUGGUGGCAGCAGAUGUAUGCACGGCAGUACUAUAUGCAAUACCAAGCUGCAGUUUCAGCCCAGGCAGUGCCCAGCUCCGAGUCCGUCAGUCCUCCAGCCUCACAGCCUGCAAAUUCUGACCAUGCUCCUACCAAUGAGCCCCCCGCAGCCCCCAACGUAGCUGCCCAGGAGAACAGGCCGGUAAAUCAAAAUGUCCAGAUGAAUGCGCAAGGAGGCCCCGUAAUGAACGAGGAGGACUUCAAUCGAGACUGGCUGGACUGGGUGUACAUGUUUUCUAGAGCAGCUAUUCUCCUUAGCAUUGUAUAUUUUUAUUCCUCCUUCAGUCGAUUUGUGAUGGUUAUGGGAGCCAUGUUACUUGUGUACCUACACCAAGCUGGGUGGUUUCCAUUCAGGCAAGAAGGAAUUCAGCAGCCUGCUGCAAACAACAACGCAGAUAUGAAUCAUGAUGGGCAAAACAUAAAUAAUGCUGGUCUUGAAGAGAUGGAGCGCCUUAUGGAUGAUGGAAUUGACGAAGACAGUGGCGAGGACGCGGUCGAUGCAAAUGCAGAGCAGCAUCCAGGGUUUAUGGCUUCUGCUUGGUCCUUCAUCACCACCUUCUUUACAUCCCUGAUUCCUGAAGGGCCGCCUCCGGUUGGCAACUAGGCAAAGGACAAAGCGGGACAGCAAAUAGAACAGUUUGUGCUUAAAAGUGGAUGUUGACUCUAGUGGUAUUUUAAAAUACAGCGCAAUUUCAAAAGAUUUCUAAUGUAAACUUUCUGAUCAUGGUGUAAAGGAAAAAAAAAUGUGUAUUUUCCGCCUCCUUUCAGCUUUCUCACGCGUAUAAAUAUUUUAAGCAACAGCGGACUACUUAACGAACAGCUUUUUAAAAUAUUCUUCUUUAUCGAAAGAAGAAUAAAAUGUAAAAAAAUGGUCUUCCAUGUUUUGUUUAAAUUGUGUGAACUCCGCGGCGAGGAGUUUGUAGUUUGAUGUGCAGAGCUGUUUAAAUUACAAAAUGGAAUCCUUUACAGUAAGGGGGGGGGGGGGGAAUUUGUGCAGAAAUUUCAUUUUAUGUGGAAAAAACCAUUUCCCCCUUCCUUAAAAUCCACAGGCGAGUUUUGAGUUUGUGGCAACCCUUGUCUUGCCGAAAGCCUGUGUGGUUCCUCAUGCUGUGUACAGCCAAGCAGCUCUUCAAAGGGGUUGGACAGUGGUGGAGCGCACUACAAAUGUCGAAUACAUGCUGUACUACUUUUUUUUAAAGAGACAUGUACUGGGAAGCACAGACAUAUGUAAUUAAUUUUUUUAAUAAAAAAAAGAAGAAGCUA